AAAAGCUGUUUUUAAUCUUCCCCAGAUGCCGAACUCGUCUCCGGAAGGUUACGAGCGUUGGUCUCCCGCGUUCUUUGUAUGCGGAACACGUCCUGCAUUGUGCGAGGUCAAAGUUGCAGAAAGAAAUGUGCGAGAAAAGAAAUGUGCCAGGCUCGGAGAAAUAUUGAUUACCCGAUUGACCGAGAGACAUUUAGUGCGGGAAUAAACAUAAGGCCCGGGGAUUAGUGGAGAAGAACUGUUUUGUCAAGGUGGGGAGAACCUAC